AUGAGACACGCGGAUCCACGGCGCCUUAAAAAGGUCUCGACAGCGCUGUACACAGCGAGGGACUACACACGACAAGUCCUACAAGCUCUUUCCACCUCGAAAGCCCACAUCAGGGAUGCUCAACUCGUCGUCACCAGCGAAGAGACGGUAAUUAAGCAAGAUAUAGCCGCGGCUUUCAAACACACCCUCACAUUUAAGCAUGCCGUAUAUGAAAUAGUAGUAGGCGAAGAAGCAGAUCGUCGCAUUAAACUGGAUAAAGAUAGAAAUCGCCGUUUAGAGGUUCUCACCAAUAUCAUUGCCGACCUACAAACCAUUCAGGUCACUAUCGACUCGGAGAUACGUUCGUAUACCCAGUUCGACGCCGAUCUACAGCUAGCGCUAGAACCCGUCGAGAGAGUGCUUGAAGCGGGGCCUAAUGUGCAAGCCCAAGGCUCGACCUUGUUCGACGCGACGCUGUUCAAGCGGCUGGUUCUUGACGCCGUCUCUCGGGCUAUUAGGGAUAAGGAGAAAGUGAACGAAUUCCAUGUCUUCUACAGCAAGCUAUAG